AUGGCUAAGGAAUCCAAAACCAGAGGCAGAAGAGCCGCAAAGGCAGAGAAGAAAGAAACGGGCGAUUUUGCGCCGCCGGUGGAGACAACAGAGGAGGCGAAAGCUGUGCUCAACGAAACGCCCACCACCUUUUUCGGGCUCGUGGACUCCCAGGAAUUGGACUACUUUAAGCAGGCAGAGUCGACCUUAAACGUGAACGCCUUCAGUAAUGAGGAGGAACGUCAGGGCUUCAUCCGCUCGGUGUUGGAGGAGUCCAAAGGCAAGGAAUUGAAGUUGAUGACGAACCAGAUCUGCUCCAAGUUGGUCGAGAGACUCUUGCUUUCAUGCACUGACGCGCAGGUCAAGCGUUUCUACCGGGCAUUGCAGGGACAUUUUGUGGCUCUUGCUAACCAUAAGUACUCGUCGCAUUGCUUGGAAACCUUGCUCGUGCGUGCGGCCGCGUUGGUUGAGAAGGAGAUUUUGAACCCAGACUUGCAGUUCGAGCUUGAUGAUGAAGAAGAGGAGGCCCAACCGUUUGUCUCGAUGGAAAAUCUCUUCCUCAUGAUGGCCGAAGAGUUUAAACCGCAAUUACCCGCGAUGGUCACUAACCAGUACGCCUCCCAUGUAUUGCGUCUCAUCAUUUUGAUUCUUGCAGGGAAGGAGCUUCCAUCCUCGACCGUUUCCAACUCGACGUUGCGCUCUAAGAGGUCUAAGAUUGCGCGUAAGAUGAUUGAAAUCAUGGACAAUGAGGAUUUUGCCAAACAUUACCAGACUCCAUCGUCUUUCAAAGACGAAAUGAUGACGUGGUUUACGUCCAUCAUCCAGAACCACACCCCCAAGUCGAUGAGAGAAUUGUCCGUGCACAAGGUUGCCUCUCCUGUCUUGCAGUUGAUCAUCCAGGUUGAGGGAAUGGUUGAUAAACAGAGAUCUUUCUGGCAUUUGUGCUUUUUAGACACGUCACACGUGGAAAAAGAUACCUCUGAGGGUGCCUAUGUGGAGUACUUGUUGUCUGAUGCCGUUGGCUCGCAUUUCCUCCAGAACAUCAUCACACACGGUGGUAAGGUCAAGAACAUGGAUCGUUUAUACAAGCUCUACAUGAGCGAUAGAGUAUUGCGGUUGUGUAACCGUAACACGACGGGGUGCUUUGUGAUCAUGGCGCUCAUGAAGAAGUUGAAGCCAAGCAACUUGGACCAGAUCUUGGACGAGUUGAUUCCCCACAUUGCCGAGUUUUUGGUGCCAGCCGAGGCCGACAGAGCUGCCAACUUGGAGAUGGUCAAGGCGAUCAUCGAUACCUCCACCGAGAGAAAGAACUACAAGAAGGAGGAGAUUGUGGAGUCCAUGUUGAGCAUCUACACUUCCAAGCCGGCCGAAUUCACCGAAAACAUCUUGCAGUUGACGGGUUCCACCUUAGGCAACACCAGAGACGACUGGCCGACAGCUGAAGAGAGACGCCGCUCGUUGUUCUUGCAGAAAUUGUGUGCCUACGACACGAAGUUGAUGGCGUUGACACUUGACGGGAUUCUCGAGUUGCGUGCCCAGCGCAUUGUCCAAAUGUGCAAGCAUGGUGUUUUCUCGCAUGUGCUUGAGGUGUUGUUGGAGGCCCCUGUGGAGCUUGACGUGAUCAAGCGCCGAAAGCUCAUGAACUUGUUUACGGGAGAAAUAGCCGAGCUUGCGUGCAACUCCUACGGGUCGCACAUUGUGGACAAGUUGUGGGUUUUUACUGUGAAGUUGAACUUGUACAAGGAUAGAGUCGCGGGUGAGUUGUAUGCGCAGAAGGAAAUGGUAAAGGAAAGCACUUACGGGCGCUUGGUCUGGAAGAACUGGUCCAUGGAGUUGUUUACGAGAAAGCGUGGCGAUUGGAAGGCCUUGGUCAAGCAGCAGGAGCUCGAGAUGUUCCCGCCGGUGGCCGCCCCAGCGCCCCAGGAGGAGAAGAAGCCGAAGAUUAACUUUAACAGAGAGCCAGUGCUUAGUGGGAAAAGAGCGAGGGAGUAUGACGAGUAUACCCAGCAACAGUCGAAUAAGAUCAGAAGCAGGGGCCGCAGAUAA